AUGGCGUACUAUGGCAAUGACCAAUUAGACUCGAGCCAUACGCUAUGUCAGCCCAACCUCCUUGCUGGCUGCUCUCGUUGCAUCAUCAGGAACUCCUCUAUCUGCUGCUUUCUAUGCUCUCCUGACCACUUCACCAGUCAAACAAGUCACUCUGAGCUGGUGAUCCUGGCUGCCACACGCAUCUCAAUUAUUCGCAAAGAUAAUGUCAUGACCGAUCAGGCGCACAACCUCAUUACAGCCCUGGACGAGUUUCGCAGGAAGCACAUGAAGGAGAAGUUUGGAGAUGCUGUUUUGAAGAAUAUGGGCCCCAGAGUUGUGAUGCGGAUGCCGUUCUCGAGCGGCUGGUAG